CAUUUUGUGGGACGUUUUUUAAAUUAUGAGUUUGAUUGUUCAUAAACCGAAGAGAUCGAAAAUGUUUAAUGUUUCGACCGCGUCGUCACGUGCCGCGGUGACGUCACGCUAGCGGAAGUAAACAACACCGAGUUAGCCCGUGAGUCAGCCAAUUUGAAGCUUUUCUCUCGUUUUAAAAUGCUUCAAGGCGCUUCUAUUUGACCUUUCGGGGGACGCAGUGGCUGCUGGAUCCGUGUGCGUUGACCGGAGUCAGAUAAGUGGCCGCUGAAGAUGAACGCCCUGGUGGCUCUCUGUCACUUCUGUGAGCUCCACGGCCCGCGGACGCUGUUCUGCACUGAGGCCCUGCACCCUCCGUCCCCGACGCCCUCCUCCUCCCAGGCGGGGGCUGCGAUGGCCGCCGACAGGGACGCCGAGCGGGAGGGUGAAGGACUCACCAUGAAGGCCCACAGCUCCGCCACGCAGAGGGGAGAAAUGUGUGAGGGCUGUCGCUCCCUCCCCGCACACCACCCGGGCUUCGUCAGCAUGGACGAGGAGACGGGCAUUCGCUUCCUGAGCCACCAACAUCCCCGCCAGCCUCAGCUGUUCAGCGUGGUGCGCCAGGCCUGCGUGCGCAGCCUCAGCUGUGAGGUUUGUCCCGGGCGCGAGGGUCCCAUUUUCUUUGGGGACGAGCAACAUGGCUUUGUGUUCUCGCACACCUUCUUCAUCAAGGACAGCCUGGCCAGAGGCUUCCAGCGCUGGUACAGUAUCGUGGUAGUGGCCAUGGAUCGCAUUUACCUCAUCAACUCUUGGCCUUUCCUGCUGCGCCACCUUCGACUGACCAUACAGAGCCUGCAAAGCACCGCCCUCAAGGUGUUUGACGGCGAGCAAGGUGUUUGCCCCCAGAGAGCGGCGAGGAUAAACAGUGUGUUCUCGCCGGCGGUGUUCCCGCAGCAGAGGAGUGGCAACGCGGCCCGCUCGCUGACUUCCCUCACGCAGCAUCCCAACCUGUGGGCCAGCCUGCACUCCUCCUUCAGCUGGCUGUUGAAGGCCUGCGGGAGUCGUCUGACAGAGAAGCUUCUAGAAGGAGCUCCCACUGAAGACACGCUGGUGCUCAUAGAGCGACAAACAGAGCAAGAGGAGGAAAUGAGCUGCUGGGAAGGCGUGGAAGGAGGCGUGUCCAAGCCCCUGACGCAGCAAUCAGACAUUGAGCCGUGCCACGACGACGACGACUCACCUGGGCCCAGAUUUAGGUCUCUCAGGCACCUGAGACAGGUGCUGGGCCCCGCCCACUUCCGGCAGGUGGCGUGGCAUGUGCUGAUGGGGAAUCAGGUCAUAUGGAGGGGGGCGGACCCCGGGCUCAUCCAGUCCGCCUUUACAGUACUCAAGUCCUUGCUGCCUGUGGGCUGCGUGCGCUCGGUCCCAUACAGCGCCCACUACGAGGAGGCCUACAAGUGCAACUUCCUGGGGCUGAGCCCUGAUGUGGCGAUACCACCCCAUGUCAGCUCCUCAGAGUUCUCUGUGCUGGUGGACGUGCGCUCCUGCUCCUGCUCCUGCUCCUGCUCUUGCUCUUGCUCCUGCUCUUGCUCCGAGAGCAACGGUGCGAGCGCUCCUGCAGACGAGGACAACAACGUGAGCGCACGAUACCAGUUUGCCAUCAGCAGCGCCAGCACGCAGCCCGCAGACAAAGGGCCCACGCUGCUCAACAAGCUGGAGGUGGCGCUGUCCAACGACAACCUGUCUGUGGAGGUGGUGUCGCACUGUCUGCUGUGUCUCAAGGAGGAGUGGAUGAACAAGGUGAAAGUGCUCUUCAAGUUCUCCAAGGUGGACGGGCGGGGCCGGGAAGAUACCCAGAAGGUUCUGGGCCUGCUGGGCAGCACGGGGCCUGCAGAGGACGACAACGUGCGCCUGCUCAAGUUCUGGAUGACGGGACUCAGCAAGACCUACAAGAACCACCUCAUCAUGACCGCUGUCAGGCCCCGCGACUCCACUCCCACUCCCACUCCCACUGCCAGUCAGUGACACACACGCACACACACAUAGCAAGAAAGUGAAAGUGAAAGUCAGGAAUGUUUUAUUGUGUUUGCUUUUACCAUGAAAUUCUAUUUUGACUCAA